AUGCUAGGCUACGAAUACAUCUUCCCCCCUCCCGAAGCCGUCGCCCUCCGCCGCCAGCAACUCGACGCCACGGGUUUCCAAGCAUGGCUCUCGCCCUUCGCCCUACUCCUAUGCUCUUAUCUCCUCCGCCGCCCCAGCUCUUCUUCUUCUUCCACAUCACCACCAGCCCCCUCAACCACCGCCAAUAAGCCCCCCACCACCCUCCAAAUGCAAACCCGCCGCCUCACCUGGCUCCUCCACUCCCCCACGCACCGCGAACUCGGCCCCCUCCUCCUCCCCCUUCUGGUCUUCUUCUACACCCUACACCUCCUCCACCUCGCCACCCGCCACACCUCCCCGGACUACCUGCACCUCACCAAAUCCCUCGGGCACGUCGCCGCCUCCCAGCUCCCCUGGCAGUACCUCCUGGCGCUCAAAUCCCCCAACUCGCCCGUCACGCUCGCCACGGGCCUGAGCCACGUGCGCCUGAACGCGCUGCACCGCGUGUUUGGGCGCGUCGUGCAUGGCUUGUUGGCGGCGCAUGCCGUGCUAUACCUGCGGUUCUUUGUGGAGGUGGGCGUGCUGGCGAAGAGAGUGGGAGAUUGGGAUGUUAGGUUGGGGGUGCUGGGGUUUUGGGCGUUUAAUGUGCUGGGGGCGUUGGCGUUGCCGGGGAUGAGGAGGAGGAUGUAUUUCAGCGGGUUUUAUAGGGCGCAUGUGCUGUUAAGUGCGGGGGUGUUGGUGGUGCUGUGGGCGCAUGUGGUGCAUUCGAGGAGGUAUGUGGCGCAGGCGGGGGUGGUGUGGGUGGUAAAUGGGUGGUUGAGGUGGAGGGCCGAGAGGGAGGUGGUAGGGGUUGAGGUGAAGGAGGUGGUGGAGCGGGGAGGGGAGUUGGUGAGGGCGAGGCUUGUGUUGGGUGAAGGGAGAGGGCUUGGGGGUUGGGUGCCCGGCCAGCAUGUUUACUUGCGGAUGGGGGGCUCGCUUGGUCUGCUGGCGAGGAAGAACCCGUUCACGGUUGUGCAGGCUGAUGAGCGGAGUGGGCGGAUCAUGCUCGUUGUUAGGAAGCUGGGGGGCAUGACUGCCGCGUUGGGAGACUCGAAGAGCUCGAAAGAGCUGGGAGAGAUAAAACUCGAGGGUCCGUACGGCGAGGCGGCCGAAUAUCUGCCUCCUAUACUAAGAGCAGGGAAGGGGGCGGGCCAGGUGCUACUGGUCGCGGGCGGCGUGGGGGCCACUUACACCGUGCCCAUCUAUCUCGCUCUGCUGCGCGCGAGGGGCGAUACAUCUGGCGUCAAGAUGCUGUGGUUCGUCAAACUGCAGAGCGAAGUCGACUGGGCCCUCGAACUAUUUAAAGAAGCUGGGAAAGCGCUUGAUAUUGAUGCAUACGUCACGCAAGCGUCCUCAACAUCAACGACACAGCCGAGCGCCGCCACCGGCAUCAAAGGCCUUUCGAUCCAGGCUCUGGGCAAAAGACCAGAUAUUCAAUCUGUCCUCGAGCCGAUUAUCUCGCCGAAAAGUGAUGCAGGGAAUGGAGGGCUGGUGAGCGGCAGCGCUGCCAAGCGCAACCCAGAGGCCGUGAAGAAGAGUUAUGGAAAACUCACGGUGAUGGUAUGUGGGCCGCCGUCACUCUCGAAGAGUCUGCGGAGCGAGGUGGGGAAGCAUGUGAUGGGCUAUGGUCGGGAGGUGGCGUGGUAUGAGGAGCAGUUUGGCUUUGGUGGUUCCUGA